AGUAGAUUGAAUUUUCUUUUUAUCUAAUCUGAAUUUAGCAAAUUUAAAGUUUCAAAUGCCAUGUAAUUGGACAAACUAUUAAAAAGCAUAAUUUACGAGCUUGACCCUACGUCUCUGCCUGGCCAGUGGCCAAAACAAGUUAACUCAUCAAACUCAUAUUCAUAUAAUGAUAUAAUCAUAUUCAUCAAAAAACUAAUACUAAACCCUAAAAAUUCUGCUAAAUUUCCCUAUUACGAAGUUAGGGUUUGUAAUUUCCUCAAUAGGAGUAUUUGUUUGCUAUCGCAUUGAUUUCUUUCUUUCCAUCAAAUUCCAAUGGAUUUCGACGAGUAUGAAUACCUGGAGAAAACGGUGGAAGAAACUGAAGGUCAAUUGAAGAAGGAGAGCAACGGAGAGAAAAAAGAGAAGGGUUACAGAAAGAGGGAUGAAGAUUAUAGAGAAAGAGAAGAGGUUGAAGAUGAACGGAAGAGGAAGAAAUCCCGAAGCGAAGACGAUAAUGGAGGAGAGAGAAAGCGAGAAGACAGGGAAAAGAGAAGAGAGAAAGAGGAGAGACAUAGGGAUAGGGAUAGGGAUAGGGAUAGGGAUGGAGAAAGGGAGAAGGAUAGAGAGAGAAGAGAUAGAGAUAAGGAAAGAGAGAAAGAGAAGGAGAGGAGAGAAAGAGACAAGGAGAAGGAGAGGAGAGAUAGGGACGGAGAGAAGGAGAAAGAGAGGGAGAAGGAUAAGGAGAGGUCGCGGCGACACGAUAGCCAGGAGAGGAGUGUGGAGAAGGAGAGGUCAAGGCGAAGCAGUAGUCGUUCGAGGCGGGAGAGGAGUGUGGAGAAGGAGAGGUCAAGGCGAAGCAGUAGUCGUUCAAGGCGGGAGAGGAGUGUUGAGAAGGAGAGGUCAAGGCGAAGCAGGAGUCGCUCGAGGCGGGAGAGGAGUGCGGAGAAGGAGAGGUCAACGCGAAGCAGAAGUCGUUCGAGGCUGGAGAGGGAUAGAGAGUUGGAGUCUAGAGAAAGCAGGAGAUCUAAGGCGAAACAAGAACCAAUGGAGCCUGAAGCUGAUCCAGAGAGGGAUCAGAGAACUGUUUUUGCAUACCAGAUGCCUCUCAAGGCAACAGAAAGAGACGUUUAUGAAUUUUUUACAAAAGCUGGCAAGGUGAGGGAUGUCAGGCUAAUCAUGGACAGAAAUUCAAGGCGUUCAAAAGGGGUUGGGUAUAUUGAAUUCUAUGAUGUGAUGUCUGUCCCUAUGGCGAUUGCUCUGUCUGGCCAACUGCUCCUUGGGCAGCCUGUGAUGGUCAAACCGUCUGAGGCUGAAAAGAACCUUGUCCAAUCUACAGCUUCUAGUGGUUCAAGUGUUACUGGACCUUAUGGACCUUCUGAUAGAAAGUUGUAUGUUGGUAACCUGCACUUCAAUAUGACAGAGCAGCAACUUCGUCAGAUCUUUGAACCAUUUGGUCCUGUGGAAUUAGUGCAGCUUCCUCUUGAUCUUGAAACUGGACACUGCAAAGGUUUUGGGUUUGUUCAGUUUGCUCAAGUUGAACAUGCCAAGGCUGCUCAAAGUUUGAAUGGGAAAUUAGAAAUUGCUGGCAGAUAUAUCAAGGUUUCAUGUGUCACUGAGCAUGUUGGUGGACAAGAUGCUGGAACUACUGCUGCGGACUUCGAUGAUGAUGAGGGCGGUGUGGCUUUAAAUGCUAGGUCCAGAUAUAUGCUAAUGCAAAAGUUGGAUCGAACUGGUACAUCUUCAAGCAUUACAGGACCACUUGGGGUCCCUGUGCUAAACAGCACCGCUUCUGUUCAGCAACCUAUGACCUUGCCCAACGGACACAUUGCUGCUGCUACUCCAACACUUCCUAGCCAACUCCUCCCUUCCCCAUCUACUGAAGCUGUAGGCACCCCUAGCGAGUGUCUGUUGUUGAAGAAUUUGUUUGAUCCAGCCACCGAGACUGAUCCAGAGUUUGAUUUAGACAUUAAGGAAGAUGUUGGAGAGGAAUGCUCGAAGUUUGGUCGAGUCAGACAUAUCUAUGUUGACAAACAUAGUGCUGGUCAUGUUUACUUGCGUUUUGACAACAAGGAAGCUGCGAUGAAUGCUCAGCAAGGAAUGCAUAUGAGAUGGUUUGCUCGUAGGUUGAUAUCCGCCAUCUUCAUGCAACCUCAAGAUUAUGAAGCCAAGUUUGGAGCUGGUGCUUGAAGAAUCAAAAUGUAGCCUUUUAUUUCUGCUGGAUACAACUAUCCAAGUGAAGCUAUAAUUUUAUUUUUUUUUUUGACUCCACCUUUAUUACAAGAAUAACUGCUAUGUUUUGUACUAUUUUUCAUGUCCCUGAGCAUUUGCAAACUGCCAUUUCGAGCUCGGUUUGGCAUGAGUUGUCUGUGAUCACUGUAACCGUAAUUUGGCGAUUUUUCAUCUGAAUGUGUACUUAUAUAUAGGUAACAUUAGUGUUGGUUGAUGUGAAUGUAUACAUAUGGUAAUUGUUAACAUCUAUAGCAAUUAUUCAGGUGGAUUUGUCUCUAAUUCGAGUAUGAAAGAAGCACUAAUGACUUCA